AUGAAUCAAAAUAAGAAUCUUUACAGUAUUGUACAAAGAUUAUUUUCUAUCAAUUUUGAUGAAAAUGAGUAUGAUUGCUUUGAUCUAGAUAUUGAUAUAGAGAUUGACAGUUCAUUAAGAAAUCAACUAGAACAACAACCAUGUAAAUAUUUCUAUAUUGAAUCACAACUAACUAUCUUGUUUAUAAAGAAAUGUUGCAACUUAUUACCAUUAGAUAAUACUUUAUAUUAUCAUUCAUCUGUAAUCUUUCAAAAAUACCUUUGUAAUAGAUCAAUAAAUGAAUAUAAUAGAUAUAUUGUAGCGAUGGCAUGUAUAUUGAUUGGUGUAAAACUAAACUAUACAUCAUCGAAAGAGUUGGGUGUAAGUGAUAUUAUGAAUGUAGGAUACCAUAUAUUAACCUCAAAGAAGUUGCUUGUAGAUGAUGACUUUUUCAAGUUGAAAAGAAAUAUAGUUAAUGCUGAACAUAUAAUUUUGAGAACAUUAAACUUUAAUGUUGCACUUUCAAGUCGGUUACCACAUAAUUACUUGUUAAACUACCUCAAAUUCAUAGGUGACGCUGGUGAUGAUCUUGUAGACCGUUCGAGAAUGAAACUGAUUGCUCAGUGCUCGCUAAACCUUUUGAACGACAGUGCGCUUACACCUGCUUACCUGAUGUUCACACCAGAACGCUUAGCUCUACUCUGUUUACUCUCUUCACUAACAAUAACAGAUACAAAUAACAACAACAACAAUCUAUCACCAAUAGAAAAAGCUGCCAAUUUAAUUUCAUUUCAAAUACCAACAAAACAACAAUCAAUACUUUCAAAAAACAGCAUAUUAGAGUUGAUGGGUAUACCUUAUUUAGAUGAAAAUGAUGAAAAUGGUAUGUUUAUGUUAACUACAUAUUUUAGUGAUAUGAUGAUUGAUUUAUAUAAAAAUGAUAUCAUUUUGAAAUCAUCAAAUCAAAGAAUUCAUCCUAUAAAGAGUAGCUCUGAUAAGAUAAUAAUGGUUCAUCUUACACCGACAAAGUUUGAUGGUGGUACCACAAUCGUUGAUGAAGAUACCAUUCAAUCGCCAACAAAGAAGAAUGCGAAACUCGAUCAAUAUGGAUUCGUUAUGAAUCAGAACGAUAUUGAAAAUCAGAUGUUACAAUUCGAAGAGGAAUCCGAAGAUCAAAUCGACCAGCGUAGUCUCACCGAAAAACAAUGGAAUAAAUUAAUUUUAAACUGGAAUGAAAAUAUUACAAGUAAUCCCGAUAAGAUAUUGGAAUUAUGUUCAAAAGGUAUUCCUAUGUAUUUACGUUCUAUUGUUUGGAGAAAGAUGCUCAAUAUCAAAUAUCAUAAAGAUCAAUUUCCAGCUGACUACUUUCGUCAACUCUGUCAGAAACCACCAAAUGAACAUACAGAGCAAAUUCUUUUAGAUGUUCCAAGAACUUUUCCAAAUAAUAAGAGAUUUUUUACAAAAAGAGGUAAAAAAGAUUUAUUAGAUGUACUACAAUGUUACUCUUAUCACAAAGAAAAUGUUGGAUAUUGUCAAGGAAUGUCUUAUAUUGCUGGUGUAUUUCUAAUGUAUCAUACCAAAGAGGAUGCAUUUUGGAUGUUGGUUUCACUACUGGAACGUGAACACAUGGUUGGCUAUUUCAUUUCUGGAAUGCCAAAAUUAAUUUCCGAUUCUCAACUAUUUCAAAAGGUUUUAGAAAUUGUUAAUGAACCUUUAGCAUUACAUUUGAAAAAUAAUGGAAUCGAUCCAUUGUUAUAUGUUACACCAUGGUGGAUGUGUUUCUUUACCACUCUAGUCGACUGGGGAAUGACAUUGAGAAUAUGGGACUUGAUUAUGUUUGAAGGUAUAAAAUCACUAUUUAGAGUGUCAUUGGGUAUCGUCAAUUCAUCGGAAUCGUUCCUCCUGCAAAAGAAAGGUGCUGAGGGACUUCUUCCAUUCCUACUGAGACCACCUCUUGAUCAAGUAGGUGGAAUCGAUCAUAUUCUAAACAUGGCCAUUAAUUAUCCAAUUUCAAACUUGAUGGAAACUGGAAAUCAAAAGAUUGAAGAAGAAAAAGUGUUACUUUCUGCAAAGAAAAAAACAAAUCAAUCCCAACAAUCUACAUUGAAAAAGAGUGUUGGCACCACCAGUAAUAAUACCACACCAAUAAAUCAAAGUAAUGAUUCCAUUUUUGGUAGAAUUUUGAAUAUGGUGACAAUGGACGACAACCAAACACCAAAGAGUAGCGUUGGUGAUUUUGAGAUGAAGGAGUUCAAGAGCAGUAAAGCAACAGCAACUACCAACAACAAAGUACAACAGCCCGCCACAUCAACUUCAAUUCCAUCUUCCAUCGCUAGUUCUGCUUCCGCUUCUUCGUCAGAGAAUAAGUCAUCACUGACCAACAGGAUGAAAGAUCUCUCACAGCGAUUUAAGAAUAGAUUUAUGAAUAGAGGAUAUCAACCGUGUCGUGUCAUUCUCGAACAACGCCAAAUCAACCAUGUUGCUGGACGUAAAUCAAUGGCGCGUAAGUCGAUUGCGCCACGUCCAUCAAUUGGCGUAGGUGGUAUCGCAGUCGGCGGUCCACGUAAAUCGAUGGCUCGCAAGUCAAUUGCGCCACAACCACGUCCAUCUAUCAAUCGUCCGGCGAACGGUCGUAUUUCAAUCAAACCAAGAACAUCGAUUGCACCAAGAAUAUCGAUUGCACCAAGAAAAUCGAUCAAUCCAGGUCUUGCCAUAAAUCCACGUCGUUCCAUCGCGCCAAGAAAGUCGUUGAAGCCAACCACCAACUCGACAACAAGAGUGGUUGCAACCAGCAAAUCAACCAAUCCAUUGGUUGAACCUCCACCCAUUAAACUAAAGAUAUAUAAGCAAGCCAACAACAACAACACUAAUAAUGAUACUAUCAUUGAUGAUAAUGUUGUUGUUGAAACAUCAACGACCACAACAACAACAACAACUACCACAAUAUCAACAACACCAAAAACCAACAAAUCAAACUCACCAUAUUCAUCACCUGUUAAAUUACAAACAUCACCACCCAUUCAAAUUCCUAAAGCGAGAACCUCAACAUUCCUUCCAUACUCACCGCAAUCCAUCAAGAUCGGGCCACCUCCAACUUCUUCCACGCCACUCUUGAAAAUCCUUUCACCCUGUACAAAUAGUAACUCAAGUAAUAAUUUAUUAAACAUUCUAAAUAACAGUAAUAGCAGUAAUAACAAUAAUAAUAUCAAUCAGAUCAUAAAUACCAAUAAUAAUAAUAAUAAUCACAAUAGUCUUACAAACUGUAGUAGUAGUGUAAGUGUUAGUAGUCAUAGCAAUAACAAUAGUUUUACCAAUACGGAUUUCGAUGAUAUAUCGAUUCCAAUUCAAUCGCCAUUCAAGAAGCUAAAGACAUUCGAUUCACCAAUGGAUAUUGACAAUGAGAAUGGAUUCAUUCAAUUCUAUUCUCACACCUCAUCGUCUCAGUCGUCGACCAACUCCAACUCGGUGUCUGCUACCGGCUCUUUGACAAGUUCUUCGACUACUACCAGUCCGAUAUCAACACCUUUGUCGACACCGAUCAAAGCAGCGGCGAACGAUCAUCGUAAACCACCACAACAAUUGUUAAACUCUACUCGUUCGCCUACCAAGAGAGACACCUCUGACUACACCAACCACUAUCACACCACCUAUCAUACCAACUACAACACCGGUAACAUUAACAACCAAAACAACAAUCAUCACAGUAAUAAUCUCUAUGGAUAUGGACAACGUAGAUCCGUUGUUACCAGCAUUCAACAGCAGCAACAAUACAACAAUCAACCAUCACCAAACAAAUCGUCGACACCAAACAAAUCAUCAACACCAACAACAUCAUCGUCGUCGAUUCCAAUCAAAAAAGUAAGACCACAAGCAAACUUUUGGUAUCCAAUGGGAAUUUAA